AUCAUCCAGCGAUGUCACGUAAGGCAGCUUACGGAGUACUGGUCACGGUGCUCAGUUGGUCCAUCGCAUCUGCCGUUAUUUUACCAUUCGGCUGCCCCACUCAAGCAUCAGUGAAUUCUAAUGUCCUAAGCACAUACCUAACGGGCACCUGGUACGAGUACAGCAGGUACACGGGCUUCGGUAAAGCGUACCAAUGCCCCAGUGAAGCGUACAAGCCGGCAGCGACCGCAGGCCUCUAUGACGUCACGCGGACAUGGAUUUCAGGAUCUGGUGACGCCACAACCGUGAAGGGUCAGAUGAAGCAAGCGGUGCCAGGCGGACCAGAAGCUGUGCUGUCGCUCCUCUUCUCAGAAGCAGCCUACGAGGGCCAGCAAAACGCCAUCACUAAAGCGAACUAUCACAUUCUGGCGUAUGAGGUAUCUAAUUACGCCGUCGUGUGGGACUGCAUUAGCUUCUUCUUUUUCCACAUACAGACGCUACGCAUCCUGACACGAGUGCGCGUUCCAGCAGACGAAGUCGUCGCGGCGGCCUACAAACAAGCCAACGAUCGCGGCAUCAAAACUAACUUCCUACGCAAGAACCAACAAACCAACUGCUAGUUAUAUUGAUACUGCUAUUUCAGCGAUAUUUAUAUUAUUAUCAACAUCACGCAAGAACCAACAGACCAACUGCUAGUUAUAUUGAUACUGCUAUUUCAGCGAUAUUUAUAUUAUUAUCAACAUCAUAUUUGCAUUAUUAUUACGAAUAGGUAAAAAAUUUUAUUAAUAACUUUCUAUAAUAGGAUAACGUUAACUUCCAUGGGCUUCUGUACACUUGGAAUGCUACUAAGGAAGUAAAACUGGGUUAUUUUAUUAUUAAAGGUAAGAAAUUCCUACGCAAUGACCUAUUGAUGAGCCUAUGUUCGAAUUAAUAUUUAAUAAAAUCAUACUGAGCAUCA